AUGGGGCGAUGCAGGCAUGCAUGCCAGCCGAUUAGACAUGAAUAUCUGGCACAGAAGCUGGACAUCCACUGGAAGAGCUUACGCAAGGGAACGCCCUGCCAAGGCCUGGUGGAUUAUUCGAUGCGAUUUGGCAACAGCCAAUGGCGAUUCCUGGCUAUCUCUAUCCUCAGAAAUCUCUGGUCACCACACGCAGACAUCCUGCACAAGCGAACAAGCGCAAUAGCAUUGGCCGCCCAAUGCACAAUGCGCCUCCUCUGCGAAGCCAUCCUCCGAAACCCACUUUGGUUUGUGCAGGGCUAA